UCAAGAAGUUUAUCGUGGGCUUUGUAGCGUCAAUUAUGGCAACGCAGAUAUAUGAAUUUUAUUUUUAACUAUCUUGUAGAAACAAUAUGUGAUCGUAAUUGUACGUAAUUGCGAGUACAGAAGAAAUAGGGAAAGGAGCCAUGGUUCGGAACAGUGAGAAAGAGAGGCAUUACAGGAGACGGUCUAGAUCAAGAUCAAGAUCACGUUCUGGUUCAACAGAAAAGAAACGCCGGCGGUCGAGAAGCAGAGAGAGGGAGCGUGAUAGAGAAAAGCCCCGUCAUCGAGAAAGACGGAGUCGGUCCAGAGAAAGAGAAAGAGAGAGGAGCGAUAGGAGGGAGAGAUCCGAGAGAGACAGGGAUCGUGACAGAAAAAGCGAUGGCAAAGAAAAGCGUAUUAGCGGAUCUAAAUCCUCUCGUUCUGGCAAAGAGCGCUCUAAUCGAUCGCGCUCACGAGAUCGUAAGGACAAGGAGAAGGGAGAAACAGAAGAUUUACCAUUUGACCAUACAAAAUUAGACAAGGAAGAAGAGCAGAAGAGACUCGAGCUUGAAAUGCAGAAGAGGAGAGAACGGAUUGAAAGAUGGCGGGCGGAGAGAAAAAAGAAGGAGAUGGAAGCAACUAAAAAGGAUGGCAAAACUUCAAUCUUAGCAAAUCUUCAACUGCCUAUGAAAAAAUGGUCUCUGGAAGACGACAGUGAUGAAGAGACUCCAGUUGUACAGAAUAGUAAUAAGGAGGAGAAGGAAGAAGACGUAGUAAAAGAAGAAAUCAAGGAAAUUAAGGAGGAUAUUAAGGAAGAGGAAGAAGUAGAUCCUCUCGAUGCUUUUAUGGCUGAAGUUCAAGAGGAAGUUCGUAAGGUGAAUAAGCUGGAUAACAAAUGUCCAAAAACCACUAAUAAUGGAACAACCGCUACAGGUCCUCAAAGCGGAGGAGUAGUCAUAGUCACGGGAGUGGCCAAAAAGAAGGACCAGAAACAAAAGGGAGAACUCAUUGAACAGAAUCAAGAUGGGUUGGAAUAUUCAAGCGAGGAAGAAGGAGAAAAUUUGCACGAGACUGCAGCUGGUAUUGCCAACAAGCAAAAGAGAGAACUAGCUAAAGUGGAUCAUGCCUCAACGGAGUACCAACCUUUUAGGAAGUCUUUCUACGUCGAGGUUCCAGAAAUAGCAAGGAUGACGCAAGAAGAGGUAGACGCUUACAAAGAAGAAUUAGAAGGUAUUCGAGUUAAAGGGAAGGGCUGCCCGAAGCCCAUCAAAUCGUGGGCUCAGUGUGGGGUCACCAAGAAAGAAUUGGAAGUCUUGAAGAAACUUGGUUACGAGAAACCAACACCUAUUCAAUGUCAAGCAAUCCCUGCAAUCAUGUCAGGCCGUGAUCUUAUAGGAAUUGCUAAAACGGGAAGUGGAAAAACUCUUGCUUUCCUGCUUCCAAUGUUCCGGCACAUCUUAGAUCAACCUCCACUGGCUGAUGGAGAUGGGCCGAUAGCUUUAAUCAUGACUCCGACAAGAGAGCUCUGCAUGCAGAUCGGAAGAGACUCGAAGAAAUUCACGAAAUCUUUGGGUCUGUCCCAUGUAUGUGUGUACGGUGGUACUGGGAUAUCGGAGCAAAUAGCAGAAUUAAAAAGAGGUGCGGAGAUCAUAGUCUGCACUCCGGGUAGAAUGAUCGACAUGUUGGCAGCCAACAGUGGAAGAGUGACUAAUCUCCGGAGAGUGACCUACGUCGUCUUGGAUGAAGCCGACAGGAUGUUCGACAUGGGCUUCGAACCCCAAGUUAUGAGAAUUAUGGAGAAUGUUAGGCCCGAUAGGCAGACCGUGCUGUUCAGUGCUACGUUCCCUCGACAGAUGGAAGCUUUGGCCCGUAGGAUUUUAACCAGACCCGUGGAAGUACAAGUUGGUGGGCGCUCCGUAGUCUGCAAAGAUGUCGAGCAACAUGUUGUGGUUCUCGAAGAGGACCAAAAGUUUUAUAAGCUUCUCGAGAUCCUUGGUCACUACCAAGAUAAAGGGUCUGCUAUCAUUUUUGUGGAUAAGCAGGAAAAUGCUGAUACUCUUUUGAAGGACUUGAUGAAGGCCUCGUACUCUUGUAUGUCACUUCAUGGUGGCAUCGACCAGUGCGACAGGGAUUCUACCAUGUUGGACUUCAAGGCUGGGAGGACAAAACUUCUUGUGGCUACUUCAGUGGCUGCGAGAGGUCUUGACGUGAAACAGUUAGUGUUAGUCGUUAAUUAUGACUGUCCGAACCACUACGAGGACUAUGUGCACAGAUGUGGUAGGACUGGUCGAGCUGGAAACAAAGGGUACGCAUACACCUUUAUUACAUCGGAACAGGAACGUUAUGCCGGAGAUAUAUUACGAGCCCAUGAAUUAGCUCAGGUUCCAGUUCCAGAGCCUUUAAGACAACUUUGGGAGACCUACAAGGCUCGGCAGGCUGAGCAGGGAAAGAAAGUGCAUACAGGUGGAGGCUUCAGUGGUAAAGGUUUCAAGUUUGACGAGUCAGAGGCAGCUCUGGCAAACGAGAAGAAGAAAUUCCAGAAGGCAGCUCUCGGACUACAGGACUCCGAUGACGAAGACAUUGAAAAUGACAUCGAUCAACAGAUCGAAAGCAUGCUUGCACCAAAGAGGACCGUUCGAGAGAUUUCCAGACCUACAGCAGCCAGUGUCAGUGUUCCUGGCCAGCCUGUACCAAGUGCCACGGAUAAGUUAGAACUUGCCAGAAGACUUGCUUCGAAGAUUAACAUUGCCAAAAACUUGGGAGCCGAAGCGAAGGGUGCCACCCAACAAGCUGCGGAGGCCAUUCUUAAGGGCGCUGGUCCAACAAAUCUUAUUACGGCCAAGACCGUAGCUGAGCAACUUGCUGCGAAGCUAAACACUAAGCUUAAUUAUCAACCGAGAGAGGAAGACCUCGUUGAAGGAGACGUCGAAGCAGGGGAGCAGACUUUCCGGAAGUACGAAGAGGAGCUUGAGAUCAAUGAUUUCCCUCAACAAGCCAGGUGGCGAGUCACCAGCAAGGAGGCUUUAGCACAGAUAUCUGAGUACUCCGAAGCUGGCCUAACUGUUCGAGGGACAUACAUCGCUCCUGGGAAAGCUCCUCCGGAGGGCGAGAGGAAGCUUUACUUGGCCAUAGAGUCUACAAGCGAGCUGGCAGUAAGCAAAGCGAAGGCUGAAGUGUCUCGACUCAUCAAGGAGGAGCUGAUCAAACUCCAAUCCUCCGGUGCACAUACAGGCUCUCGAGGCAGAUACAAAGUUCUGUAAAUCUCGCCCUCUCCUUGGAAAAAGGAUUCAGAAGUCCCGUAGAAGCCCGGAUCCUAUGUUAGCGCUUGAUGCUCUAAAAAUCGGCUAAAAAACCAGAAGUGGGGCUAACAGAGAGAUCGCAUAUGUUGCCCAACGAUAUCUCACACACGGGAGGAAGAGAGACGCAUGUAGAAAGGCGAGUACUGUGUGCAAGAUAAAGAAAGAAUGCAAUUCGCUAUAUACCGCCAUAAGGUUAAGAGAGACGGAGAGAUGAUUACAGCGCCGCCAUCCGUUGGCUAACGUACUAUUCGUCGAGCAUCGAACGUCCGUAGUUUUUUGGGCUUCUAUGGAGACUUCUGAAUUCUCUGCCUUGGACCAGAUGCCGUUUCGAAGUUGCAGGGGAAACCAUGGACUCGGUUAUCGAAUCUCCUCGGGAUUACCUCUCCGAAGAGUGCAAGUAGUAGCUGAGAAUAUUCUGUAAACUUCGUCGUAACUGCAAACCGGAUAUACUUUGCAGGAUUUCAGGGAAAAGGGGCUCUCCUAGUUUCUUACGUGGUUUUUCUAUCAGUAUGGAAUCGGUUCUCACGUUAGAUGUCACCUUAUUGCCUUUGAUAAACACUUGUAUCGCCCUAAACCUGAUGCGCUAAUGUAAAAAGCAAUGCAAUAGAGUCUAAGUUUCUUAUUUAAUGGAUUGUAAAUACUUUCAGCAAAAUCGACCUUUGUAAAUGUAAGUUGUGAGGGGGAAUGGAUUCAACCACGAAGUAGUAUAAGAUCUAAUGCCAUGUAUUGAAAUCGUCCCCACUUUAGGGGUCCAAGAUGUUCAGAUUUUUUUCCGAUCUAGUGCCGAGAGCGCCUCGAUGAGAUUUUGCAAUUAAAAGUUAUUGUCUGCUAGCGUGGCUGAUAGUCUUUAUCGCGUUAAAAUCGUCAGUCUGUAUAUCAUACGCGGAUUAUCGUUUCACUUUGCAUAUCAAUGCAUUUUAGGCAACUUACAUCGAUAGGAAAUGUUUCGGUCAUAUAGUUCCCUCAUUUUCCGCAAGUAGCGCUCGCACCGUUAGAUCAGAAAACCUCUGAAAUUAUGGGUACCGAUUCUGCGGCUUCUUUCCGUGGAACCGAGCAUAGGCGUUGUCUCCUACUACUUCAUGGAUUCAUCCAAUUCCAAUGUUUUGUUCAUAACAAUUGAGCAUCGGCCCUUUUCGUAUAAUACAUGCAGAGAUGAGCGGGGAGAUGUUUCACGGUAUUGUCGAAAGGGAGGAACGGCUCCCUAGCGUCGUGGAACUGCUUUCAAAGGGGCGAAAUGUUCUCCAUCGGUAAAGAAUAAACCCGUCUGCAGAUUUCAAAUACAGCACAGGGUCGAUAGAAUGACGUUAUCGCCUUUUCGUUUUUAGUAUCAGGGUCAACGUAGGUUGGGAAAGAAGAUUACGAACACGAAAUAAAGUUGUUAUGCGUGGAUGAUUGAGAUUACGGCGCGGCACCCACGUAUACCCUGUUUUACCGAUCAGGAAGAUUUCGCCCCUUUGAAAGUAGUUCCAAUUUUUACAGAGGUGUAAAGGGCGUAGAGGGCGCCAGGGGGCCGUGCCUCCCUUUCAAACAACGGCGUGAAACAUCUCCCCGCUCAUCACACAUGAAAUGCCAAGUCGAGAAGGAAAAUAUACAAGUUUAUAAUACAAUUCAUAAACUUUGUAUGUCUUGAAGAGUCUGAGCCAGACUGGCCCCUUUUCCCCUGUGCCUUUGACUCACCAUCCGUACAACUGUCUGGCGAAGGAACAUUAAAAAUUAGACAAUUUAUUAUACAUAUGACCUACGAUACAAAGAGUUAAUAUUUAACAAUGAUAACAAAGGUAUCUCUAAGAGUACGAGAGCGAUCGAGUAUUUCUAUUGGUAUUUGGCGUUACGCUAUUCGAAUGGUAACUCUUAACAUUUAAGAAAAAAAAAGAAGAAAAAAGAAAACAUGAAAACAGGACCGUAUUUACAAUUUAUAAUUUA